AGAAACACAGCUGGGGCCGAAGAAGCCGUUCUGACGGCGAUACCACCCUCCGCCACCCUGGUGACCCGCCCCGCCCCCUGUUAGUCGCCAGCUUAAACGGGACCCGGCCCAGUGGGGGACGGAGCCUAGCGUUGGUAGCUCCUCCUAGCCAAUGGCGCCCCACGGCGGGCAGGAUUCCAACCAAUCGUGGCUCGCGACUGGCCUCCAGGGAGGAGCCGAGCGGCCCCCGGCCAGACCCAGAGGCCCGGGGAAAGUGAGCCUGACUCCUGCCCAGCGCUGGUGGGACGCAACGCUGCGGGUUUGCCGGAGGUAGUCGUGGCGACCCUGGCAGCCGAGGACAUGGGAGGUAUGAAGAGGAAGCACUCUGAUUUGGAGGAGGAGGAGGAAGAUGAGAAGUGGGACUGGAGUCCAGCUGGUCUUCGGAGCUACCAGCAAGCCCUGCUCCGAAUCUCUCUGGACAAAGUCCAGCGCAGCCUGGGCCCCAGAGCACCCAGCCUCCGCAGACAUGUCCUUAUCCACAAUACACUCCAGCAACUCCAGGCGGCCAUUCGCCUAGCUCCAGCACCAGCCCUGCCCCCAGAGCCUCUCUUCCUGGGUGAAGAAGAUUUCUCCCUGUCUACCACCAUUGGCUCUAUCCUCAGGGAGCUAGAUACAUCCAUGGGUGAGAUGGAAUCCCCUCAGAAUCCAGUGGCUCCCCCAAGCCUCCCUAAUGAAAUGAUGCCCCAGGCUGAUCCUGUGUUUUUAGAAGCUCUGAGUUCCCGGUACUUGGGAGAUUCUGGCCUGGAUGACUUCUUUCUGGACAUUGACACAUCUGCAGUAGAAAAGGACUCUGCACUUCCGCCCCCAGAGCCUUCUCGAAGCCUCUUCUGUGCUCCAGGAUCCUGGGAGUGGAAUGAAUUGGACCACAUCAUGGAAAUUAUUCUGGGAUCCUAAGACUCAGGGGGUCCUUCCUGGCGCCAGCCUCUUUGAGCUGGGUCCUUGGAUGUGACUCUUGUGUGUGUUUAGCCGAGGCUUUCAGCAGUGACUGUGGCCUCCUUUCCUCCUGUGUCAGGGUUCCACAAACUGCCCUGCACCUGUGCGUGUCUGGUUACCCCAGCCUUCCAUGAAGGUGCGUCUUCCUGAAUUAAUUUAUCUCUCCCAGAUGCCUUAAGGAGACUCUGUUUCAGGGAGUCUGAUUUUCUCACUUACACAUUUCUUCUGCCUCCAGUUCCCACUGCCCUUGUGACCAUUAGGGCCUCAGGGAACAUAAAGCUGGACCUGUCGAAGGGUGAUGGGUAGGCUGCCUCUCCAGGGAGUGGGAGGGGCUGGUCUCCUCCUGGCAGGACCCCAGUUCCAGCAGCCUCCUGAUUCAUAACCAGGCCGGACCAUGUGCAAUAGGGUGGAAAUCUACCAGCUCCAUGCCACACUAUUUAACAAAAAAAAAAAAAAAAAAAACAACAACAACAAAAGGCAGGGUUUGUAGUGGCUGGUUUAUUUUAAUUUUAUUUUUUGAGUGUUUUUUUUUAAUAAAAGUAUUUUGGAAAGAUGUGAA